AAUCGCCGCAUCGCUAUUUAAGCACCGCCGACGCCAUGGCUUUUCCACCUCCUCACUUCACUCGCCUCCCACGUCGCCUGCCGAUCGAGUGCACCCACCCACCACAGUGCCCUGUGCCUGAGGCCAUUCCGUACGCACUGGAGAUGGCGCGCAGGAGCGGAGUCUUGUCGCGCUUGGCCGUCGUCGUCGUCGCGGCCUACUGCCUCGCCGCGGCGACGCCUGGGGCUGCCGACUGGAUGAGGGGCUCCGCCACCUUCUACGGCGGGAGCAACGCCGCCGGCACCAUGGGCGGCGCUUGCGGGUACGGGAACCUGUACUCGACGGGGUACGGGACGGACACGGCGGCGCUGAGCACGUCCCUCUUCAACGACGGGGCGGCGUGCGGGGAGUGCUACCAGGUGCAGUGCGACCAGGGCAGUUCCCCGAACUGCAAGCCGGGGGUGACGGUCACCAUCACGGCCACCAACCUCUGCCCGACGGACUACUCCAAGCCCAACGACAACGGCGGCUGGUGCAACCCGCCCCGCAAGCACCUGGACAUGGCGCAGCCCGCGUGGGAGCGCAUCGGCGUCUACCGCGCCGGCAUCGUGCCGGUCCUGUUCCAGCGGGUGCCCUGCUCCAGGAGCGGCGGCGUGCGGUUCACCAUCAACGGCCACAGCUACUUCGAGCUGGUGCUCAUCACCAACGUCGGCGGGCCGGGGUCGAUCAGGGCGGUGCAGAUCAAGGGGUCCAGGACCGGGUGGACCACCAUGUCCCGGAACUGGGGCGCCAACUGGCAGUCCAACAGCUACCUCAACGGCCAGUCCAUCUCCUUCGCCGUCACCGCCACCAACGGCCAGAAGGUCGUCUUCCAGGACGUGGCGCCCAGCAACUGGGGAUUCGGCCAGACCUUCACCAACUACGGCCAGUUCUACUAGCGAUUCCCGCGCGCCGCCGUGCGUGCACGCCGGCGCCGGAGCGCUCCCGCGCCUUCGUUUCCGUUUACGCUUUUUGAUUUCGCAUUUGGGAACUUAAGUAAGAUUAGCUGCAUUCUCAUGGAUGGGAAGUGGUAGGUAGGUAGCUAGGUGCCGCGCGUAGGGUGGUUUGCAUGGCUGAGGUGCCUGAUCGAUCAAUUACCCGCCGUGCUUGCCGCCUUCCUUGCGAUGACCGGCUGAUGUGCUAGCUGAAAUGGCGCCCCGAUCCUCGCUGCAAGGCGCGGACUGUUUACUGUUGACCACCGAUCCAUUGAUGAUUUUAAUUUAUAUAAUAGAAUGUGAUGGCCAUGGUUUCUGACUUUGACCAGUUAAAUAAAUGCAUGUGCGUGAUAUGCUCUUCACGAAUGUGCCCAAGG